AUGGACGACGUUGAAGAUGGAAAAGAUGGCAAGAAUGGCGAGGACAAAAUUAUCGAAGAUGUGGAAAAUGACGUCCUGUUAGGCACUACGGGAGUCGUUGAAAACUCUUCUGGCGUUAAAGAAGACGACAACGGAGAGGACGACGAAGACAACUUUGAAGCAGUUUGCGUAGUCAUAAUCGAUGUAUCAUUGUUAGCAGAACCGCCCGAAGGAACGACUGACACUGUGCUGUUGGAUACCGAAGUCGUGUUUGUGCCAGGGCUGGAUGACGGUGACAGUGAUGAUGCGACAGUCGUAUGGUUGGAGACAGGCACUGACGGUGUCGGGGUUGAGGAAACAUCAACGGCAGGAACAGUGGCAUUGGAUGUAACAUUGGAAGCUGGAUGCGGCGUUACCGUUGGGGAGAGCGAUGACUGGGAGGAAGUCUUGGCGGGCGCCGUUGCGUUCGUGGAGGUUGAGUUUGACACCGUUGUCGUCUGUGGCAGCGACGAAUGA